GACCAUACUAAGUCAGACGCGGAAGGCAAAGAGACUAGCAAGCUGGCAGGCAAAAGGAGUGGCACACCCCACUGAAAAGGGCAAUUAAUUAAUACCCAACAAUGGCAAAAUUCCUGUCCCAAGAUCAAAUCAAUGAGUUCAAAGAAUGUUUUUCUCUCUACGAUAAGAAGCAUAAAGGCAAGAUCAAUGCCAGUGAUCUCAUCACUGUUAUGCGCUGUCUGGGGAGCAGCCCCACCCCCGGAGAAGUGGCCAGGCACCUUCAGCUGCAGAAAGUUGACAGGACUGGAGAAAUGGAUUUUUCAACUUUCCUGACCAUCAUGUACAGGCAAAUGCAGCAAGAAGAUCCCAAGAACGAAAUCCUCUUGGCCCUGUUGAUGGCAGACAGAAAGAAGACGGGAUUCAUUUCAGUGGCAGAGCUGAGGGCCAAGUUGAUGAAUCUAGGAGAGAAACUGUCUAAGGAGGAAGUGGACAACCUCCUGAAGGAAGCCAAAGUGGGCCACAAUGGAAUAGUCAGGUAUGAAGACCUGGUCCAAUCCAUCACUCUCCCUGUUGCCGACUACUGAAUCAUUAAGAAAGGAAACAGAAGGGCAACCGUCGUCCUUGUGGCUUGCAGUGCUCCUUCAGGUGCUUGAUGGAACAACUGGGAUCUCCCCCACUUACUUUCCUUAAAUGCUUUGUCUUUUGGAACCCUCAAAAAUAUAUAGUAGAGAUCCUAUUUUUCCCAGGCCCAAAUUGUUGGUUCAAACAAACCAGUGGAACUGGGCUUGUAUAAAAUGGACCACCUAUUUCACUUCAAUUUCAGUGUAUAAAAAAUAGUGUGCCUAGGAAUUUGGGUUAUUUUUCAGUCCUGUGUUGGUGGGCAAAUAAUUUUAAGGUAGCGUACAGGAAGAACUUGCAGGUUAUGUACUAUGAUUAUUCAGCAGGGCUGUGUCUCCUGACCUUGGCAGGAGAUGUGUGGUUAAUUUCCCUGUAUUGAGAAAGCCCAUUCAAAUCUUGUUUCAAAACAAGGUGGACUUUAAAAACCAAACAGUACAGCAGGUGCUGAGCAGCCACCACCCACGCAACCAGCGGCUACCAAUCUGUCUCUGUGGGGCACGAUCUACCAAGCCAAUAGACAGCCCC